AUGAAGCGCUUUGGACCCGACGAUGCUCUGCCACAGGACCUGCGGAAGCUGCACGAGCUGCUCCGCGAAGACCUCUCUUCUCUGUUUCACAAGCAGGAGGUAAAGAUGCGCGAGUUGUUGAAGGUUCCUGCACCUCGGCAUUUCCUUGGUGGUGUUGAGGGACACGAGAACCGAGCUUCUCCCGUGCCCAAGCCAAAGUCCUUGGGCCUGGGCUUGGAGCACCUCGUGGCCUGUGGCUUGCCCACCUGUAAGGCGUCCCCAUGCCUGCUGACACCGUCGCCCAGCCAUCCGUCUCCUGCGGGAGCUGAAGGGAAAGGCCGAGGACGCCUCGAUGGCUUCAGCUGCAUGAGCUACAAUGUUUUGCUCCCGAACAGCAAGGAUGGUUGGUGGAUUUACAAGUACUACAAAGACUCGCAUGGCUCGCACACCUCUUGGGCUGAGCGUCAGGCCUUGUUGGCUCAGCAGAUUGCGAGCGUCCAGCCUGAUGUGCUAUGUUUGCAAGAAGUCUCUGAACUCUCCUUCGACGAGGACUUCCGCUUCCUGAGCGAGCAGGGGUAUACGGUGCUCAUGCAUGAGAAAAAAGGCAGGAUGAGGCCGGCCACUGCCUGGAAAUCAAGCUGGAAGCAAGUAGCUGCUCAGCACAAAGACCGCACCCUCAUCGUGGGGCUGCAGAAUCCAACGCUACUUCUCUUCGUCGUGAAUGUGCAUCUCAGUGCAGGGCCCAGCGCUGACCGCAGGCUGCGGCAGGUGCAUGAAGCCCUAGAGACUGUUGAGAAGGAGGCGAAAAGGAUGAGCAAAGCACCGGACGAGUUUGCAGUCCUCGUUUGUGGGGACUUCAACUCUCAGGGAAGCACAGCUGUUCGAGAGCUUCUGGUGAAUGGCAUUGUGAACCCUGACUUUCGGGAGUCAGGCGAUCCGACAGAAAAGGGCCAAGAAGGCAAGCAGAUUACUUCCAAGAUCCGAAAGCACGGCCUCCCCACCUUCCAAGAUGCUGCCGACGUGGCAUUUUCUGGGCGUGCGCCGGCGACGAUACUGGCCCAGAAUAUUGAUGAUAAAAUGGUGAGUCCCGAUGGAUCGCUUACCGAGUCAAUGAGCAAGGCAUUGGAUGCGGCCUUCGAUGCAUGUCGGUCUGGCAGCGAGAUGACGGCUGAAGAGACAGCGCAGUUUCUCACCAGAAUCAACCGCGAGCUGGGCAGAGGCAGUGAGCAUCGCUUCGUGGAGGCAGUUUUCGAGAAGCGCGGACAGCGCUCGCUUAGCCGCGAGGACUUCCAUGCACUUUAUGCAUCCGAGCUGGCAGAAGGGAAGUUCUGGGGGGUUGAGCACGAUUUGCGUGAGCUCCUAGGCCACGGCUUGGCAAAGCCCGAAGACGGAAAUGCUCAGCAAGGCAGAGCUGCAAAGGAUUUUUGGACCUCCUUGGGAGACAUUGCCCAACUCAUGGUUCGUGAUCGGAACUUCUCGUCCGACAACUUGCCACCAAGCUCUUUUGGCAGCGACGUGCAGGAUGACCUUCCAGCCGAGAUGCUACCGGAAGGAUCUAAGCUGCCACCUCGGCCGACGAGCACGGCCAAGCAGAUGCCGACCGAGUCUGGCACCGCCGGCACAUGGGCGGUCAGAGCCGACAGCAGCAGACUCCUGGGCGUCAUGCCUGACCAUGGGAGUGGCUACACUGGAGACCCACAGGACGCACUUGUCCCCGGCACCGUCCAAGAUGGCCACGAGGGAAAGCCGCCGGGCAAGUCAACAGAGCAUGGUCGUCGAUUAAGUGUCCGGAAGACUCAAAAAGAGCAGGAGGAAGAUCCAGCUCUGAAAGAGAUCCGGAUGAAAAAUGGGUUUAUGGGUGGUCCUCAUGACAAAGAGACGCGGCUGGAUGAAGAAUUAUACAACGUCACCAACUUCUACAAGACGACGGGUUGUUCUCAAGCCAUUGCACGCAGCGAGAAAUUUGAGCGGCUUACCCUGCUCGUGAUUAGUAUCAACGCUGUAUACAUCGGCGUGGAUGCCCAAUUCAAUCCAGCGGAGACGAUGCUGGAUGAGAACGCCGUGUGGCCCUUUCAGGUCUGCGACAACCUAUUUUGUGCCUUUUUUACGUUCGAGCUUCUCAUUAGAUUUUUAGCUUUCGCGUUGAAGAGAAACUGUCUUCGUGACAAGUGGUUCGUCUUCGACACGUUGCUGGUAUUGCUCAUGAUCGCGGAGACAUGGGUGUUGACGAUCAUCAUUGCCGUCAUGGGAGCGAGCACGUCCAUGCCGACAGGUCCUUUACGACUGCUUCGGCUGCUGCGUCUAAGCCGCCUGGUGCGCCUAAUACGAUCAGCUCCCGAGCUGCUGACCCUCAUCAACGGCAUGCGCGUGGCUUCGAGGGCUGUCUCCUCCGCCUUGCUGCUGAUCGGUUUGAUCACCUAUGUGUUCGCUAUUGUCUUGCUCAUGUUCCUGAAGCCAGUUGCUGAGAACGACGACAAAGUAGCCGAAGCCUUCGGCACCUUGGGCUUCUGCAUUUGGACCCUGAUACUGGAUGGGACCUUCAUGGAUGGAACCAAAGACAUCGUCAACGACCUGAGGACGCUGCCGGACAGGACUGAGGAGCAUUGGAUGCUGGGCUGGGCGAUGAUCUUAAUCUUCUUUGCGUACGUGUUGCUGACAAACGUGACGGUUAUGAAUAUGCUGAUUGGCAUCCUGUGCGAAGUUGUGUCUGAAGUCAAACGAGGAGACGAGGAGGGUCUUGCGAUCGACUUCAUGAAGGGACAUCUACGGUCAAUGCUGACUGAGCUCGACAAGGAUGGCAACGAAAACAUCUCGAAGAUGGCCGCUCGACAGCACGUCCAACGACGAGAGGUCCGUCAGACAGCAUCGCUUGGGCUACCCGAGGAACUGGCCGCCGUCGUCGAAGAUGAGAAGGCCCAGAAAGUUCUCUCCGAACUUCAGGUCAAGCCUGAGGAUGUGAUUGACUUGACGGAGUACCUCUUCGAACAGGACCAAGAUGCCGGACGAGAGCAGGAAGUCACACGCGAAGAGCUCCUGGAAGUGAUUCUGAAGAUCCGUGGUGGCCGAGAGAUCUCUAACCAGGACAUCAUCGACGUUCGUUGUGAUGCUUGUCUGCAGCACGCCGACAUUCGGCGAAUCGUCCAGCGGCAGACCGGCUUGGUCUUGAGGGAAAUGGGGCAUCUUUGUCGGCGGAUUGGGAGAAUCGAAGACCGUUUCUGGCAACUGGGCAGACAACACUGUGUUUGA